AUGGGAGAUCAGGAAUCCGGCUUACUCGGGCCCAACAGAAAGGAGACUGUUAUUUUCCGAUCAGACCUGAAAGAAGUCGACAGGCUGGAUAUCGCCACAGAUCUGGUCGAGUACUCUCGGGGAAACACGAUUAAACAGGCAGUGUUCAAAUAUACCCUUAUCCAGACCCGGGUCGAGAACGUCUGGAGAGAACUGCAUAUCCUCAAGGCUCUACGGGGGAAUAAGCGAUAUGUGCCGUUUGAUCGGAUAGUGUUGGACGAAGUAACGCAUAACAUCCUGGGACUUACCACGGGGUACAUAGCCGGCGGCACUCUCGAGCACUAUCGCGGCACAUUCUACUUCCGGUGGCUCAAACAGCUUACAGACGCCGUGGAUGAGCUGAAUUUUCGCUAUGGACUGAUGCACCAGGACCUGGCGCCCAGGAAUAUCCUGAUAGACCCGGCCAGUCAAGAGCUGCUUGAUUUGAUUUCGACAGAUCAGCACGGAUAG